GCCUGGGCUGCCGGCGGGACGCCAGCUCGUCCGCUAGUGGAUGGAUGGUAAUUGUCCGCCUCGUGCGAACAAGAAGGUGCACUAUUGUCUUGAACUGACUUUCCUAGGCAUCAGGCGUCUCAAAGAGUUUUUGAUUUUCUUCUCAGCAAAUAUGGAAGACUGAUUCCUCACAGUCCAAAACCUUCUGUGCUGUAACUUCUGUUCUUUUUAAAGCUACAAUGAAACAGUUGCCUGCAGCGACAGUUCGACUCCUUUCAAGUUCUCAGAUCAUCACUUCAGUGGUCAGUGUUGUAAAAGAACUUAUUGAAAACUCCUUAGAUGCUGGUGCCACUAGUAUUGAUGUUAAGCUGGAGAACUAUGGAUUUGAUAAAAUUGAGGUGCGAGACAAUGGUAAGGGUAUUAAAGCCAUUGAUGCACCUGUAAUGGCAGUGAAAUACUACACCUCAAAAAUAGCCAGCCAUGAAGACCUUCAAACUUUGACAACUUACGGUUUUCGUGGAGAAGCUUUGGGAUCAAUUUGUUGUGUAGCUGAGGUUUUAAUUACAACAAGGACGGCUGCAGAUAAUUUUAGCACUCAGUAUGCUUUAGAUAGCAGUGGUCACAUAAUUUCUCAAAAACCUUCACAUCUUGGUCAAGGUACAACUGUAACUGCUUUAAGAUUGUUUAAGAAUCUGCCUGUAAGGAAACAGUUUUACUCAACUGCUAAAAAGUGUAAAGAUGAAUUAAAAAAGGUCCAAGAUCUCCUCAUAAACUAUGGUAUACUUAAACCUGACUUGAGGCUUACAUUUAUACAUAACAAGGCAGUUAUUUGGCAGAAAACUAAAGUAUCAGAUCAUAAGAUGGCUCUCAUGUCUGUUCUGGGAACUGCAGUUAUGGGCAAUAUGGAAUCCUUUCAGUACCAUGUUGAAGAUUCUCAGAUUUCUCUAAAUGGAUUUCUUCCAAAAUAUGAUGCAGAUCACUCGUUUACAAGUCUUUCAACCCCAGAAAGGAGUUUCAUCUUUAUAAACAGUCGACCAGUACACCAAAAAGACAUACUAAAGUUAAUCCGACAUCAUUACAAUCUGAAAUGCCUAAAGGAAUCUACUCGUUUGUAUCCCAUUUUCUUUUUGAAAAUUGAAGUUCCUACAGCUGAUGUGGAUGUAAAUUUAACACCAGAUAAAAGUCAAGUAUUAUUACACAAUAAGGAAUCUAUUUUAAUUGCUCUUGAAAAUCUGAUGACGACUUGUUAUGGAUCAGUACCUGGUACAAAUUCUAAUGAGAAUAAUAAAACAGAUGUUUCCUCAGCUGACAUGAUUGUUAGUAAGAUAGCAGAAACAGAUGUCCUUUCAAAUAAGAUAGAAUCAUCUGGAAAUAAUUACGCAAAUGUUGAUACUUCAACCAUUUCUUUACAAAACGCAAUAUAUAAUGAUGAAUCUGGAAGAAGCACUAAUUGUUCAAAUAAUCAGAUAAGUAUUGAUGACCAUUAUGAUGAUCAUUUCAGCCAUGAACUUUCUAGCAUUGAUAUGAACACUAAAAAUACAUUUCAAGAAACCCCAAAGGAUAAUUUAUCAAGUGAGGAAGUCCAGAAGGACAAUAGCAAAACUUGUUUUAUAGGUUCUGUUGACCAUGUCGUCGCAGAAAAUGGCAAUAAAAGCCUUAUAGAUCAGAAUGGGAAAAAUAAGAAAGAAAUAGUUCCUGAGAAGUCUUUUGAAAUUUGUGCAGACGACUGGAGCAAGGGAAAUGUACUUAAUUCAGUGGGAGAAAACAUUGAACCAGUGAAAAUUUUAGUGCCUCAAGAAAGUUUAACAAGUAAAGUAAGUGAUAAUAAUCAUUCAAGCCCUGAGCCAAAAAUUCUCAGUGAAGGCCCAUGUAACAAAAAAUCAAAUGUGGUAGAUAAUAAAUCUGGACAGCUUACUGCUUAUGAUUUAAUUAGCAAUCGAGUAAUAAAGAAGCCCAUGUCAGCAAGUGCCCUCUUUGUUCAAGAUCAUCGAGCUCAGUUUCUCACAGAAAACACUAAGAGCAGUUUGGAGGAUGCAACAGUACAGAUUGAAGAACUGUGGAAGACAUUGAGUGAAGAGGAAAAAUUGAAAUAUGAAGAGAAGGCUACUAAAGAUUUGGAGCGGUACAAUAAGCAAAUUAAGAAAGCCAUUGAACAGGAGCCACAAAUACCAUUAAAAGAUGGCAGAAAAAAGAUUAAGCCUGCAUGGAAUUUGGCACAGAAGCACAAGUUGAAAACCUCAUUAUCUAAUCAGUCAAAACUUGAUGAACUCUUUCAAUCUCAAAUUGAAAAAAAAAAGAGCCAAAACAUUAGAACAGUUCAGAUCCCCUUUUCAAUGGAAAACUUAAAAAACAAAAUGCAGAAACAUAAGAAAUUUGACUUAGAAGAGAAUGAUGAAUUUUGUUUGAUCCAUAAUCUCAAAUUUCCUGAUGCUUGGCUAAUUUCAUCUAAAACAGAGGUAAUGUUAUUAAACCCAUAUAGAGUGGAAGAAGCCCUGCUAUUUAAAAGACUUCUUGAGAAUCAUCAACUUCCUGCGGAGCCACUGGAACAACCAAUUAUAUUAACAGAGAGUCUUUUAAAUGGAUCUCAUUAUUUAGAGAUUUUAUAUAAAAUGACAUCAGGUGACCAGAGAUGCAGUGGGUCAACUUACCUCUCUGAUCCUCGUCUUACAGCAAAUGGUUUCAAGAUAAAAUUGAUUCCAGGAGUUUCCAUUGCUGAAAACUACUUGGAAAUAGAAGGACUGGCUAAUUGCCUCCCAUUCUAUGGAGUGAUGGAUUUAAAGGAAAUUCUUAAUGCUAUAUUAAGCAAAAAUGCAAAGGAAGUUUAUGAAUGUAGACCUCGCAAAGUGAUAAGUUAUUUAGAGGGAGAAGCAGUGCGUCUAUCUAGACAAUUACCCAUGUAUUUAUCAAAAGAGGAUAUCCAAGAGAUUGUCUACAGAAUGAAAUGCCAAUUUGGAAAUGAAAUUAAAGGAUGUGUUCAUGGCCGCCCGUUUUUCCAUCAUUUAACCCAUAUUCCAGAAGCUUCAUGAGUAAAUGUUUAAGACAACUAGUAUUGAAAUUAAAUUGUCAUAAAAUAAUAUGGGUCAGUUUUUAAAUCAUCUUUGUAAUAUCAUGUGUUAAAUGCUUAUUUUGUAAGAAUCACUGACUUGUUUGUAUAUUGAAAAAAAUUACCAAAACUAGAACGCUUAAAUAAAUAUAGAUAAUUCA